CUCCAGUUUGAGACGGCCAUGUCACGGAGGGGGUACCUGGCGUCGAUUUUGCGCUAGCCUUUGGCCUGUCAGUUCAUUCUGAAGGCAAGCUCCAAUGGGCUCCGGAGCGUCUCGAGAAAAAGAACAAAUUGGGCCGACAGGAAUAAAGGAUGUGCACCUGAGCCAUGCGCUGACGGAGAAAUACAUGGGAUUGAGUCAACAUGGAAAAGUGCAAGCAGAGUAUGUUUGGAUCGACUCAGACUAUUGGGACGGCCACAGCUUUGAUCUGUGUUGCAAGACCUUAACUCUCCCAGACGCUCCAAUAUCCUUGGAUGAUAUACCUAUUUGGACAUAUUCUGGAGAUGAUGCCAAAGACAUUGUCAUUGUCCCUCGGCGAACGUAUCGUGAUCCGUUCCGCGGUGGUGAUAAUGUCCUUGUUCUCGCCGACACUUAUGAGGAGCCCUCUGGUGAUGAGCAAGACCAUGGCAAGGCCACCAAGUUCAAUGCACGUGCUGCUUGCCAAGCAGCCAUGCAGCAAGCUGAAGAAAUCGGAGAGGACCCUUGGUUUGGUUUUGAACAAGAGUACUACCUCAUUGACCCAAAGACGAAAUGGCCGUUGGGAUGGCCAGCAGGGAGGUAUCCAGACAAAGACACCGCAUUCUACUGCUCUGUCGGCUCCACAAAAGUUGUGGCUCGCGAGAUCAUCGAAGCCCACUACAGAGCUUGCCUCUAUGCUGGUGUCAUGAUUGGUGGCAUCAAUUCCGAGGUAGCUCCAGCUCAAUGGGAAUUCCAAGUUGGUCCUGCCUCUGGCACGCAAGGUGCAGACGAUCUGUGGAUGGCCCGUUACAUUCUCCAGCGCCUGUGCGAGGAAUACAAGGUUGGGGUCACCUUUGAUCCUAAGCCAGUUCCAAAGCAAGCAGGCAUUGGUUGUCACACAAACUACUCCAACAUGGCCACAAGAAGCUCUCCAGGAGGAAUGGAAGCCAUCAAGAAGCAAUGCGAACGCUUGCGUCAGGCUCACGACAAGCACAUUUCCAACUAUGGCAUUGGCAAUGAGCGCAGACUAACCGGAAAGCAUGAUACAGCUGCCAUGAGUGACUUUUCUUGGGGUAUUGGGGAUCGUGCAGCGAGCAUACGCAUGGGCUGCAAAGUAGCCAUGCGGGAUUGUGGAUACUACGAGGAUAGACGGCCAGCAGCCAACAUGGAUCCAUACCUUGUAUCCCAGCUGUUGGUUGAAACAACGCUCUUGAGGAAGGAGAGCUUAAACUGAGCAUUGUACAGGCCACAAAUUCAGCGGCCCCAGAUGCCGCACGAUUAUCAAAGCCACGAACGAUCCAUUUAAGAUCCGUGUCUCAGAUUGAGAAUCAAUCCGAGGCUUCCUGACAUGGUACAUAUUAUACACCAAUUGAGUGGCUUCAUGCUGCUGGGACUGUUUUUGGUUCUAGAGCAUGCCAGGCCAUUUUCCGAACUCAGUUCAAGUCAAGAUGGCUUUGAAGUGGGGUUCAUCCAGAUUAGUAGCCCAAAGGGCUACGCGGCCUUCAAUUUCCUGCAAUGUAUGUAUUGGCUGAUUUUGAGGCAUCGUUGUGCCUAGGCAGACAUC